AGAUGGCGAACGCGGUUGUUGCUAGAAACGUUAGAGCUUGUGAUAGCUGUAUAAAGAAACGUGCACGUUGGUACUGUACUGCCGACGAUGCUUUUCUUUGCCAGGCCUGUGAUUCGUCGGUUCAUUCGGCGAAUCCGCUUGCUCUUAGACACAAAAGAGUUCGCCUGAAUACUGAUUCUGUUAAGUCCUCCGGCGAUGAUGAAGUUGUUCCGCUGGAGAGGUUUUCACCGUCGUGGGAUCGAGGGUUUACGAAGAAGGCAAGAACAAGGCGACCCGUUCAUACGAGAAGGAAGAACAACCAGGUUCCUGUUGUGCCGGAAGUCGGGAACGAUGAGGUAUCACAUGAAGAGAAUGAAGAGGAGCAGUUGCUUUAUAGGGUGCCCAUUUUUGAUCCGUUUGUUGCUGAAUUAUGCACUUCGACGACGUCGAAUGAUGCAGCCGUGAGUGCGGUGGGAAACGACGUUGAAACGGCGGAUGCUACCACCGCGACCGAGUCCAAAGCUAUCUUGGGUUUUAAUGGACAAGAUGUGGAUUGCACGCAUGGGUUUUUCCCUUCCGAGAUGGAUCUUGCGGAGUUUGCCGCCGACGUCGAGAGUUUGCUCGGUAAGGGCCUCGAGAACGAGUCAUUCGCAAUGGAGGAGCUGGGGCUAAUCGACUCCAAAGAGGAUUUUAGAGAGUGUUCUUUGGGGAACAGUAAAGUCAAGGUUGAAGAUGAAGCGAGUUUCGAAGCCGGUAUGGCGAGAGAACCGUUUGAGGUAAGCUUCAACUAUGAUUCUCCGGCAAGCUGUGGCGGCGACGAGUUCGUAAAGCAAGAAGCGGCUACACUGAAGAAGAAGAAGAAAACACUUUUGAGCCUAAACUAUGAAGCUAUAAUCUCAGCCUGGGCAUCUCAAGGCUCCCCAUGGACGUCCGGCGGCCGACCAGAUUUCGACCCCGACGAAUGCUGGCCUGAUUGCACGGGAAAUGGUGGAACAGAGGUUCACCAUAACUAUAGUGGUUUGAUCGGGCAAACGCCGGCAAUGGGGGACGGAGGAAGAGAAGCGAGGGUGUCGAGAUACAGAGAGAAGAGGAGAACGAGGUUGUUCUCGAAGAAAAUAAGGUACGAGGUUCGGAAACUGAACGCCGAGAAGAGGCCUCGAAUGAAAGGGAGGUUCGUCAAGAGAGCAUCGUUUCUUGUUGGUUUUCCAUUGCACAACAACUAGUCUACCUGCUUCUUCU